UCCCAAGACAACCGUAUUUACCAUUUAGAAGCUGAUUGAAUCGCCGUUCCGGCGCUGGAACGAAACUGCGUUAUUUAUAAAACAAAGGUUGGGCGCGAAAGACGUCGUGUGUUCUCUCGGUUCGGCAAGGGCGUUUUGGAGCGUUCUGAGGUUUACACGGAACAGCGCGCGCUGUUACUCGAGGGAAUUCUCGCGAGCGUGAAACCCUCCGCUUCAUUCACGCGCGUCUUCCUCUUCAGCCUGCUCUACAGAGAAACCUUGGCCUUCCCGACCGGUUAAAGAAGGGUGGUGUUGUAACUUGUAAUACACAAGCACGACCAGAUCAUCCCCUUCCAAUUCACCGAGCCAGUCCGUCGCUGACUUAGAGAAACAAGAGGACUGAAAGAGUAAAGAAAGGACAGUGGGGGAAAGACAUGUCUCACAAUCCCUCUCAACUUCUUCCUGCAGAGUUGAUUGAUAGGUGUGUGGGAUCGAAGAUAUGGGUGAUCAUGAAGGGAGAUAAGGAGCUUGUGGGCACAUUAAGAGGGUUCGACGUGUACGUGAACAUGGUCCUCGAAGAUGUUACUGAAUAUGAAAUCACAGCUGAAGGACGUCGCAUAACAAAGCUUGAUCAGAUUUUGCUCAAUGGGAAUAAUAUUGCCAUUCUUGUUCCUGGUGGUUCGCCAGAAUGAAGAAGGCACUUUUUUGGGGCAAGUUGGUUUCUAGAUUCAGCAUAUGCAACUGGACACAGUACUUGUCAGAUGCUUAUUUCACUUGAAAUUUCCUUUUAGGGUGCAUCAGUGCAUGGUUAUUUUUUCUCGUUCUUUAAGCUUCUUGGACUCGGCAGUUUUCUUGCAAAGUAUUUGCUUAUCAGCUUUACUAUUACUGAUAACCAAUGUACCCAAUAGUAAUUGGGGCUGAAAUGGUACGGCUCGACUCCUACAGAAUCUUGGCGGACAUAGGGGGUUGCUCAGAUUUGUUAGGGAACCAUAUGUAACGAGCACACUGAUUUUCGUUUGUCUAUAGACCUGGAAAGGGGUUGUUCCU